AGUGCGCAAACAAUAUGGCGGCCCCCGUAAGGACAUUGUGCUGUUCAGUGGUGAGGCUCUCCAGCAGGCAGUUCAGCACAACGUGUGGAGCACGAGCUGGGCAGCAAUGGAGGAAAGAACACGGACUUGCCCGAAGUGGCUCAGAAUACGGCCCUCUGACUGAUCUGCCAGAUUGGUCGUUUGCAGAUGGGACGCCAGCUCCUCUAAUGAAAGGACAGCUGAGAAGAAAGCAGGAGAGGGAAGUUCUAUCUACGCGUAUCGUGAUGCUGAGCGCCGAGGUGGACAGAGGAAUGGAGGCGUGGAGCGAGAAACGGGAAAAAGCCAAACGACUGGAGGAGCACAAAAAGUCUCUGUUACUCAAACCUAAAGGGAUGUUGUUAAUAAAGAAAAAAAUCUAAAAAUUAGAGACCUGCAAUCACAAUCUACUUCCUUAUUGGGAUUUAUUGAAUAUAUUCAUGAGGACUUGUGAGUUUUCUCCCGCUUUACAAUUCACUUUUCAUGGAUUUCUGCAAUAAAUGUUCUGGUUUAUACUUUAAAUCUGAAUCUGUCGUGAUUAAACGUUGUCAAGAUCA